UCUGCAGCCGCAGCCUUCCCUUCUUUCGUUCCUUCGUUCCUUCGUUCCUUUCCUUCUCCUCCUGUCAGGGAACAAACCUAUCUAUCCCUCCUCACCAAAAACACGAGCACCUGCAACAGAUUGAAUCUCUAAUUCACCAACCCCAUCCCCUUCAUCCCAAACCAACAACCAGCGCUCAACCUCACACUCCAAUAUCUCUCACCAAUUGAACCUUCAACGCAGGAACCUCGACCCCUAAACGACAGCUCGAACGCAACGACUGGCGCCAUGUCAACGGCAACCUCUGUCCGUGCGACCGCCCUCCCCAGUCCCUCUAUCCCCAGCCCGAGCUCAAUUGCUACGUCGUCCAAUGCCAGUACCCUCAACACCCCAAAUUCAACACAGACCUCCUAUGAAGACAUUGACCAGAAAAUCGCCGACUUGAGGCGGCACUGGACAGUCGGAGGUGGGCACCCGGGACCCGAUUUGAUGUACAAUUGCGUUGAAUACGCAACCUUUAAUCCACGGGCCUGGGGAUUCAAAGAUCGAUCGUCUCAGGAGAGGAGUCCUUCCUUCGGAGGGUCUCUUAAGAACGAAUGGCUUGUGCCGCCGACACCUCCGGUUCUCUCUGGCUGGGCUGCAGGGAUGCAGUUUGGACACAUGCCUGGUCAAAAGACAGAUAGUAGAUACUUGAGCAACAAUAACUGCAACAACAACAAUAACAACAGCAACAACAACAACACCAACAACAACAACAACAACAACAAUAACAGCAGUAACAACAAUAGCGCAUCCAACGGUCGAGGUUCACACAGCAAUCCAGCAUCACACAACUCCCUCGACCCAUUCAGCCAUGUAAGUGCACUCCAUGAUCGCAGGUCCUUCCUGCCUUCGGCUCGUCCUACGCUGCCAUUGGCACUGACGUGUCUCCUGCUGUCCGCCAUUUUCAUGACAUCCCAAAGGUUCCUCCAACGCCUCCACUGGAAGAGAUUCGCAAGAGCAUCGAGUUGCUGGAGGGCCUUCCUAUCAUAAUGAGUCCCACCAUUCCUCCUUGGCCAGCCCCAGUGAGGAGUGUUACCGGAGGCAAGCAGCCAGGCAAAGUGCCGAAGGCGCCAUUGGGAUUGGGCGCCACCAGCGACGAGAGCUCUGACUCGGGAAGUGAUUCCGGUCGGUCCUCAUCAGAUGCAGGAUCAGAGAAUGUCGCCAACAGCGACAUCGACACACAAACGCAGGCCAGGAAACGUAUCGGGUACGGCUUCAUGAUUGUCAUCACAUCAUCCACUAUCCGAUCACACUUCUUCG